CGAAAUCCGGCACGAAUCGGGUCCAGGCUGGGAUGGCCCAGGCAUGCGUGACUUACGGAUCCAUGUUGGGUCGUGGUACAUAAAAGAAAGAGAAACCCGGAAGGAAUCGGGUCCGGGCUGGGAUGGCCCAGGGAAGCGUGAAUUGCGCACUCAU